GUUGGGGGAGUUGGGGGAGUGUGUGUGAUGCUACAACCUCCUUAUAAAGGGACUCUCUCUCACGUUGUGGCUUGGAAAUUAGAGCACAUUGCCUAAAAUUGAGGUCUCCACAUACACACUCUCACACACGCCGAGUCACCGAGAGCCGCUGCCAUGAACUGGAUGAACGCUGAGGAGAUGCUCCGCAGGGCCGAGACGCCUCUCUUCUGGGUCGGCGCGUUAACUGUGGCCUCCCUGGCGCUGUGGCUGCUCUACAGGCUGCUCUCAGGCUUCAGGAUCUGGGUCUUGGGAAAUGGGCAGCUGCUCUCUCCGAAGCUGGGCAAAUGGGCAGUUGUGACGGGAGCCACGGAUGGAAUCGGGAAAUCCUAUGCGGAGGAGCUCGCUCGUCGUGGAUUUGCCAUGAUGUUGAUCAGUCGCUCCCAGGACAAGCUGGAGUAUGUGGCAAAGUCACUUGAGGAGCAGUUUAAAGUAGAGACUAGGACCAUUGCGGUUGACUUUGGCAAGACGGACAUCUAUCCCAAGAUCGAGGCGGGGCUGGCCGGUUUAGAGAUCGGUGUUCUUGUCAACAAUGUUGGUGUGUCUUAUCCCUACCCUGAGUACUACCUCCACAUUCCUGAUCUGGACAAUUUCAUCACAAAUAUGAUCAACGUCAACAUGACCUCAGUGUGCCAGAUGACCCGUCUGGUGCUGCCCAGAAUGGCUGAGAGGUCCAAAGGUGUUAUCCUGAACAUCUCCUCUGCCAGCGGCAUGUACCCCGUCCCUCUGCUCACAGUCUACUCUGCCACAAAGGCCUUUGUGGAUUUCUUCUCUCGUGGCCUUCAGGAGGAGUACAGGCGUCAGGGCAUCAUCAUUCAGAGUGUGCUGCCCUUCUUUGUGGCCACUAAGAUGACUCGUAUCAGGAAGCCCACGCUGGACAAGCCGACCCCAGAGCGCUACGUGGCAGCUGAGCUCACCACUGUGGGUCUGCAGAGUCAGACCAAUGGCUACUUCCCCCACGCUGUCAUGGGUUGGGUGACCACCAAGCUGGUGCCGAGCAGCAUUGUCAUCUUCCUGGGAGCCCGUAUGAACCGCCUGCAGCGUACCGGGUACCUGCACAGGAGGAAGCUGCGGGAGCAGAAGAACGGAGCGAGUUUGAAGAGCGAAUAGGAAUUCGGCAGACGGUUCUGCGGGCAGCCCCAUGCUGUUCUGACCCAGUGCAGUGUUUAGAGAAGGGAGAUGGUGUUUUUGAUUGAUCCUCCAGGGUUGCCUGAGAUUUCAACUUUGUGCCUUGAGUAAAGUUUCACAUCAGAGGGUGUGUAUGACUUUGGGUUUAAAAACAGCAAUGUGCCCUGAUGUGAUUUGUCUGGAGAGAAACAGCCAAAGAAGGAAGGAGCUGAAAUGAUUAAAAAAAAAAAAAAAAAAAAAAAUGCUGCUCUUGGCAAAGGACACUAAUAUUUUUGUCACUGACACUGAUGGUGGAAUUUAUGCAGCUGAAAAAUGAGUGAUUUGUUAACCCUGCUGUUGUAAGCAGUGGAAAUGGUGGUGGGCAUUUUUUUAUAUAUACAUGUAUAUUUAUUAUGUUUGUGUGAACAUACAAGCCAAACUCCUCCAAAGGAACUUUAGUCCUGUUUACAACUCAUUGAGCCGAAAGAUGACAACCUCUGCUUUCUUUCAUGUCAAUUUAUUUGCAUCACUGAGCUGUAAUCAUCAACCACUGCCUCUGUCUUCUUUUUUUUUUUUUUUUUUUUUUUCUUUUUCUUUUUUUCUAUGAUAUUGUGUGAUUACAGUAUAUUUAAAUAUUUGUGGUGGGUUUUUGUUGCACCAGUAUCUAAACCAAAGCAUAGUUAUCUUAUUAAACCCAAAGUGCCUUUCUAUGUCAUUAAUGCUGCAAACGGUCAAAUUCAAUGAGCAGGUAUUGAGAAGUGAUGAUGUACUGUUAAAGGAUGUAAUUCAACUGAUGUGAAACUAUGUGAACUAUAGUUGCUCAAUUUUCUGCCUUGUUUUAUCAAAAUGUUAACCCACCAAAGUUUCUCACAGGCAUGAACAAGUAAGUGAACCAUUUGGAAUUGCCUGUGUUUAUGUAUAAAUUUGGUCUGAUCUUCAUUUAAGUUACAGUUGUGACCAAACAAUCUAUUUUAACUAAUAAAACAAAUAAUUGUA